AUGGACGGCGGCGGCGAGUCAUCGGCGACGGCCACGCCAGCGCCUGCGCCAGCGGCGGCUGCGGCACCACUGUCCAACGAGGGCGUGCGCCCGCCAAACAGCGGCGUCAUACUUCGUAUCCCUGCCUCUGCAGGCCUUCACCACGCUUCUUCCACACGUGAGGGAAGCAGCCGUGCAGACUCGCCGUCAUCAGUACCCGGAUCUGGGGGCAAGCGCAAGCGUCGCGCUGCCGACCCGCCACCUCCGCCAUCCACUCGUCCUCGCCGCAGCUUGCGCGGCUCGUCGCCCGUGCUGCCCGUCACGCCCGGUGGCGGCGGCACUACGUCGCGGGACGGGUCUACUGCGCCGUCGUCUCGCGCUACGCCUGCGGCCGAAAGUAUGGCCGCCACACCCGCGCCGACGGGCCAUGCGCUGAGCAUCUUUGCCGACCGCACCGACAAGGACGUGGCAGGCGACCUGCAGACGAUCGUCGGGCCCAGCGCUGGGCGCACGCUCCGUGAGCGUGUCGAGCGUGAGACACGUGCCGACUCAGAGUCCCGUGCUCGCCCGACACGCGGCGGCGAAACGCAUGUGCGCUCGGGCGUGUCGGCGUCCGGGCGCGGCCGUAGGAUUGGCGGCUCGGCGCGCAUCACCGCCACGGGGGGGAGUAACGGCGCGACACGCAAAAAAGGCAAGGGGAAGGCAGAGUCUGACAUUGUCAACCAAGACUUUUGUUCUGUUUGCAAGGGUAUCGGUCGCUUCCUCUGCUGCGACGGUUGCCCGCGGUCAUUCCACUUCAUGUGCCUCGACCCGCCUCUCCGCAUCGACGAGCUGCCAUCCGAGGAGACGUGGUACUGCAACAAGUGCCGUGCUGAGAAGAACCCAGAAAAGUUUGCGGAUAUCCCUGCAAAGUUCAAGGAGAAGCCCGUGACGUCGCUGUUUAGAAUGCUCGUCAACAAGGUCGAGAAGGACAACCCACAGCAGUUCAGGCUGCCCCAGGAGAUCCGCUCGUUCUUCACUGGUGUUGGCACGGGCAACUUUGGCGAGUAUGUCGAUGCCGAGGGUGCGAGGACAAAGUACGACCGCAAGGGCUUUAUCGAAGACCGCGACCCCAUCCGCCUUCGCGACGCCAAGCAGCGUCCCAUCACCUGCUACAAGUGCGGCGGCUCGUCCAUCCCGCUUCACUCUCUCGCGUCCGACCCCGAAGCGUCGUGGCGCCAGAUUGUGUCGUGCGACUACUGCGCGCUGCACUGGCACCUCGACUGCCUGACGCCUCCGCUGGCGUCGAUGCCCAACUCGAUGCGCAAGUGGAUGUGCCCCAACCACGCCGAGCAGGUCAUGGCGCGUAGGCGUACGGUCAAGAACGGGCUUGAGGACGUCGAUGUCGACGAGGGAGGCCAGCGCAACAAUGGCAACAUUACCAUUGUGGAGAACGAGGAGCCGCGCCAGGCUAUCCCGACCGAGGACAUGGUCAUCAACAACAAGCGCUACCGCGUCCCCGAGAAGAUUAUCCAGCUCGACUUUUGGUCCAAGCUCAAGGAGGAGCGCGCGGCGGCCGUCAAGCGCGCCAAGGCGUCGGUCGACAAUGCGUCCAAGGAGGAUUUGGACGCCGCGGGGUUGAUUCUCAGCCUGUUCCAUGGUGGGCCCGUUGCCGCGCCUGCCCCCGCCCCCAAGGCGAACGGCGGUGGCGACCACGAGCGGGCUGCCGUUGCCGCGGACCACGCACGCGUGCCGAAUGGUAUGCCUGGAACGCCUGGCUCGGAUGCCCCGCGCAAGAUUAUGCUGAGAGUUUCUCGUCCAGAGUGA